GGUCCUUGCCGAAACCUGACAGAGGGAGUGGGCGUGGCUUAGUCUCUUUGAGCCAGCGUGGGCUUCUACUCUUUCUGUUUGUUGCCAUGAGAAAACGGGAGGUCUUGAAACUUUUCAAGUCUUUGCACAGAACAAGGCAAGAAGUUUUCAAAAAUGACUCCAGAGCCCUAGAAGCUGGAAGACAUAAAAUUAAUGAAGAAUUCAAAAAAAGUAAAAAUGAGACUUCUACUGAAAGGAUAGCUGAGCUUUUAAAAAUUGGUUCAGAUGUAGAAGUUAUACUAAGAACAUCUGUUCUUCAAGGCGUUCAUACAGAUGACAACAAAUUGUUGCUGAUAGCAAGAAAAGACUUGCUGCUAGAAAACGUCCCUUUCUCUGAAAAGCCAAAGCAAAAGACAUGAGUCGGAAGGAAUAAACGUUUGUGUUACUAA